GCCAGGUUCGAUACACCUGUUCUCCGCAACGGGACUGUCGAAAUGACUUCAACGGGAUCAAUAAUCCAAUCAACGGGAUUUUUUGAAACUGGACACGUGUCGAAUAGAUGCCAAGUUCGAUACACCUGUUCCUCGCAACGGCAGCAACGUCCAAGUCGAAAUGGUUUCACCCAAUCGUUAAUCCAAAAAUCAGCGGGCUCUAGAAACGGCAAUUGUACGGGAUAUAACUAUGAAUGAGAAUUCUGUCUGGCUGCUACUAUCUAAGGUACAGUAGCUUCAUGCUGAUAUAGGUAGACAAGUUGCACUGCCAACAUAAUACUAGAAAGGUUAUUUGUUUAUCUAGUACGUCGAGAGAAUUAUUGCACGUGAUCAAAUAUUAAGUCACACUGUCAGUGACUGAGUCAGUGCACAGGAAAGGUUGGCGGUGAUGUCGUCACUGUCCGAAAUGGAAAAAGAAUUGUGGGAAGCGGUGAAGAGAGGUGACAUCCAGUCGGUAACGCGUCUUUUGGAUAGCAAAGUUGAUAUCAAUAAACGUUAUGGUGGGUUUGGGGACACUCUUCUGAUACAAGCAUGUUGGAAUAAACAGAAGGAGAUGGUUGUGUUGCUGUUCUCUAAAUCAGUAGAUGUUAAUGUGACUAACAUGGGUGGAUUUACAGCUUUGAUUGUAUCUGCAAUGUUUGGAUCAGAAGAGAUCACUGAUCUACUACUGAAUGUCAAAGAUAUUAAUGUGAUGAAGGGAGAUGGUUCAGGAAGGACAGCCAUACAUUAUGCUGCAAAGUAUAAUCACGUGAACAUUAUAGAGAGACUUUUGUGGUGUUCUGUUUCUGUUGAUAUCAAUGAUAAUGAUGGUCGUACACCACUGUGGUGGGCUGCCCGUGAUGGUCAUGUGUGUUGUGUUGAUGUUCUCUUAAAACAUGGAGCGAGUCCCCAACAUGAGAGUGAGAGGGGAUCACCACUGGAGAUUGCCAAGCGCCGUGGUCGCAGUAAUGUGGUUGAGAUGAUGGAAGAAGCCAUAAGAUUGAGAUCUCAUCCUUAUGUGGAGGGUCACAUGUUUGUCAUGAAACAUCAAUAUGAAGAGACAAUUUCUGGACUGCAGAGUGAAGUGGAGAAGAUGAAAGAAGAAUUAAGACAAUCAUCCCUGGUCCAUGAAGGCACAAUGUUGAUAAAUAAGAUCCAAGAGAAAGAGGAGGAAAUGAGAUAUCUCGUGUCUGCUCUUGCUAGCAGAAUGGCAAGCGAGAAAGUUGGUGAAUGUUACACGACUUGUGCCGAGUGUCACAUGUCGUCACAAGCGGCAGGAACGGCAAAUCAACUGACCCCGAUGUUGGUAGCAAACAGCAGAUGUACGGAGCGAGAGAUGGUGGCUGUAGCUGAUAAAGUCCGUCCUUAUUGGCAGAAAUUUGUUUCAUUUCUCUCUCCAUCUUUGUUUGCAGUGGAUGAGAUAAGAGUUAUAGAACUUGAAACUGCAGACUUAUUUAUUCAAAGCAGAAGAGCAUUGGACAAGUGGGCCAAUCACUUUGCUGCUCAAGCCAAUCGUCGGUUAAUAAUACAGACAUUGUGUGACAUUGGACGAAGCAGUCAAGCAGUAGAUGUUUUUGGUCGUGAGUUGGUGGAGAAUGUGUGUCGACCCAAAUGAUUGUGUUUGUGAAUUGUUGUGGACGUGAUGUGUUAGUCUUUGCAGAGAACAUGAUCUUGUGUUUGUAAUGCUUGAUGCAUUUUGCUAUGUAUUUUAGUGUUUAGUGCUUUUUCUACAUUGCAAUUGCAGGUUAGGCACAAUAAAAUAUAAAAUAAACUACAUAGUU